CCGAGCCCGAGUGCGUGUUGCGAUGAAGGUACAGACGCCCUUCCCCGUAGCGGGCUAGCGCGUAGCGGUAUGAGGUAGCUGUAGCGCGGCCCCGCAACACCGAGAGAUAUUUAUAAUCUCAUAUAAUGCUAAAGUUACCCAAAGGCCUUAAAAAGAAGAAAAAGGGUAAAAAAUCUAAGCGGAAAGGUGAAGACGAUCUAUUCACAGAAGAAGAAUUAGAGAAAUAUAGACAAGAACAGCAGCGAAAACAAGCGGAGAGUGGAGAGGCUUCGUCUAAAGAGAAUGAAGAGUGGUCAAAGUUUAAGGAUUUAACUACUGGAGUAGAUUCGGUUCUCAAAAAAACCCAAGGCGAUUUAGACCGAAUCAAAUCAACUUCAUUUUUUCAACGUGUGCCUACUGGAGCAAAAAAAGUUGAAAAAGUCGUAAAGGAAGAGCCUAUAAGACCAGUUGUUGAAGUAACCGAAGCGGACUUUCCUCAAUUGGUUGCUGCAGCUGCAGCAGAUGCUGAAGCUGAAAGUGGAGAUAAAAGUGAUUACGGUGUAACAGACGACGAGUCUGACGAAGACGACGAUCAAGACGACAUAUUCGAUACUUCUUAUGUUGAUGCUGUAGAGCGUGGUGAAGUAAAACUUGCGUAUGUGCCAGAUUCACCCGACGACUUUAAGGACGACGAUAUAUUCGACACUUCUCACGUAGACGCCCUUAUAAAAGGCCAAGAAACCAAAACAGCUAAAGGAAAAAAAGGACUUGACAUUGGAGUUGCUGUUGAAGUUUUAACAGGACGCAUUGAUAAUGUUACUAUCACUACUAAGAAAUCCAAACGGGUUAUUCCAGGUGAUCUGUUACUAGAGACCGUUGAUAGAGAAGCAACACCUGUUGCUCCAGUAAUAGAAUCUGAACCUGUUGAAAAAAGUAUCUUAGAUUUGGACACUGAUAUUCCAAUCAGUAGUCCAAUUGACUUAAGUGUAUCUUUACAUACUGUGCUAUUGCAGCAACAGAAAAGCGAAGCUCAAGAAGAACUUGAAGAAGCAAAAGAAGAAACCAAGCAACCACCGGAGGAAGAAACUGAAAUUGACGAGUUUACAUUGCUAGCAGCUGAAUCUCUUGAAACAAAAACUGAAGUCAUAAAACUUGAAGAAAAAGAAAUUGUUCUUGAACCGGUUCUGCAAGAAUCGUGGUCAGCAUUUGAGGCGGAUAAAAAUGAAUCGGUAUUUGCUGAAGGGAUUGUUGAAGACCAAUUUGAUGUCUUAGACCCUUAUAUUGAUCAAGACGAUCCGUUUGAUACAAGUUUUGCGGACGCUGUAGUACCGAAAACUACCGAGCAAAUAAAACAGGAAGCUGUUAUUUUAGAAGACGACGAAGAUUUUGAUCCAAGAGCAGAAGAAUAUCGUGAAAAAUAUAAUAAUAGAAGAAAAUCUUCAGUUCGAAUUCAUCUUACCAAUCCUGCUGGUAUUAGGGAAUCAAUUACCUCUGAUGAUAUAAAUGACGAAGAUAAGCAAGCUCGUGAUCUUUUAAGUAGCAGUGUAACGGAUUUAACACAAUUGGGUGAUUCUCCCUUAGAUCCCUUGGAUAUACAGGAUAAUGAAAUUGAUCCCUUUGACACCACCAUUGUCGAUAAAAUAGUGGCACCAGGCAAAGUUGAAUUGAAGUUGUUGGAACAAGAACUUAUUGGUGAGACAAAAUCAGCCCCUAUUUACAGAGUACCAAGUGAUCCCGACUUUGACCCUCGUGCUGAUGAACCUAAAAUUGUAGAAAGAAGGGCAUCUCGACCUGAAAACCUAACGGUCAAUAAAAGUGUAGUUUUUGAUAUUCAAGGAGAAGGCCUGACUGCCCCCGAUCAAAAAUCAAAACCCUCUAAACCGUUAACACCAUAUUAUACUCGAGAAGUUUCAAUCACUGAGGAUAUUAACGAACAACUUGAUUCUAACGACAACACAACACAAACACUUACGAGAACAAGAUCUCAAGAAGACUUGGCAAAAACUCAGGAAUACCAAGCAAAACGGAGACACUCUGAAUUUCCUCACAAUAGUGCAAAGAGUGCAUUUAUUGCCGCUGAUUUACUACACGGAAGUUCUACUGAUAUUCAAGUCAAAGUAUUGACACCAACUGCUCCGAUUACUGAACACGACGAAGUAGACGAAGACCCAUUUGAUACUUCAUUUGCAACUAACAUACAACCUAGUCGUAUUGAAUUAAAGUUAUUAGCCAAAGAAUUUUCUACAGAGGAAAAUUCAAACAAUACCACAGAGCAAGGCACAGACUUGUUAGAACCGGGAGAUGACUUAUUCCAAGUAAAAGCAUUAUCACCUGAACCGUUGAGUGCUUCAAAGGUACCAGAAGAAGAUUUUGACCCUUUUGAUACAUCCUUUGCUAGUGAUUUAAAUCCAGGGAAAACUGAGCUAAAGCUUCUGGAGUCCGAAUUUCUGAAUUAA